AGCAUGUUCCGCUUGGUGAGUGCGAUCUUCGCACUCUUCGCACUCUUCACAGCCCUCGCCCAAGCCAAGCAUGAAAGAAUCCGCAUCUACGCCUUCACAUCGGCCGACUGUAACGGGCCACCCAUCUAUGGCAACAUUGACUUCAGGCGUGACAAGUGCAUGCCGAUCCCGUUCGGUGCGUCGAGCCUCAAGAUCAUGGAAAUAAAGAAGGGCGACUGGACUAAGGAACUCAAUGCCGGG